AUGGUAGUAGAUACUCAUUAGUUAAAAAAUGUAUACACAUCUACGUAUGAAAUCAGCACUAAUUGUUAUGAUGAACUGAUGAAUAAACUUAUUAACACCAUGACACAUUCUAAGAUAUACAGAUAAAUUAAAAAAGGACUUAUUGAAUUUACUCUUUCGCCACUAAAUAAUUGAAGACACGUAUGUAUUUUACUAUUAUUGUUAUGUAUUUUUUCGAAAUAAAUGAAUACAUUUUAAUUAUGUACUUAUAUUUAUACAUUAAACCAAUUGUUAGUCAAUUUUUACUUCCAUAGCCAAAUAUACAUUUGAAAUACAUCUUACAAGAACAUUUUAUCUAUCACACCUUUGUAAUGUAAAAUAAUUUUUUUAGGUUCUUUUCAUUUAAUUUUGUAAUAAAUAACUAUGUCGGAAGAAACAAUUAAUGAUAAUGCUAAUGAAAUGGUGGAGAGCUACAUAAAAGAUCAUGCAAGUUUUGAAGUAAAACAUACUAAAGACGCUAGUGUUGUAAUUAUUUCUCAGGUAAGUGUUGUACCUACUUACUGUUUUAUAUUUUUUUUUAAUUUUAUUUAAAAUAAUAUUUGAUUUUAUAUUAUUGUUACAGAAUACCAACGAAACAAGUGAAAAGUAUAUCAAAAACACCAAUGAAAUUAUUUAUAAAAGUACUGAUAAAAUCAUUAAUAAUUCUAUAAAAGAAACUGUUAAUAAGAAUAUCGAAAUAGUUAAUAUAAAUAUUACUGAACUAAACAAUAUAAGUACAGACAAAACGCCAAAAAGCUGCGAAGAAAAUUGUAUAUUUUGUAAUAUUAUUGCUACAAAUGACUCCAGUGUUAUACUUGAACCUCAGGUAAAUUUUGUAUAGUUUCCUAUUCUUUUAAUUAGAAAACUAAUAUUAUUCUAUAAAUCAAUGAUCGUAUAAUGACUAAUGAAAAAUAAUUAACAAACACUAAGAUGUUUUAAUAUCUAUUCAUAUUAAUGAGUAAUAAUAAUAGCCUAAUAUUUAGAAGCCAUAGAAUUGUAAACUUAGUAUUAUUAAUAAUGAUUUAAAAAUUAUCUGUUGUUUCAGAGUGAUCAAUUUGUUAUUAUUAGAGAUAUUAAACCAGUGGCUACAAAUCAUUUCUUAAUAUUAAGUCGUAAACACAUCCAAAGUGCUAAAGAGUUGCAGCCAUGUGAAGAAGAUCGUAAUUUACGUAAAUAUUACAAUUUUAAUACAUAGCUUCAAUAUUUUAUUUUAUGUAUGUAAUAUUUAUUAUAUGUACUUACAUUAGUGAAGAACAUGAUUAGAGCAGCUAACGAAAUAUUAAUAAACAACAGAUGUGAUUUGAAUUACACAAGGUAUGUAGAAUAUAUAUAAUUUAUAAUAUUAAUUUUAAAUAUUUUAUUGUUUUAGAAUGGGUUUCCACUGGCCUCCAUUUUAUACAAUAGCUCAUAUGCAUUUACAUGCUAUCAGCCCUGUUAAUUCAAUGUCAAUGUUCAAUCGAUUUCUUGCAUUCAAUCCCAGUUUCAGCUAUGUUUUUGUAGAUGUGAGAAUAAAAUAUCAAACAAUUAAUUAUUAACUUUUAUUAGUUGUAUAAUUUAAUUUACACAGUUUUUUAUUAAAUCAAAUGUUUGACAGGCAAAUUAUGUCCAACAUCGUAUUAGCUGUGAAAACAGAAAAGAACCGAAUCAAUCAAUUAUCAAUCAAAAUCAAUAAAUCUACUAAAAUGUUGCAUUUAAGUAUUAUUUAUUCUUUAUUAUGUUAUCUAGGUUUGGCUUGAAAUUUGUAUUAUAAUUAAUUACACAUAAACAUUUUAUGAUAGAAAAUAAUUAUAGUUAUAAACCAUAGUCUACUCUAUGAUAUUAAUUAUAGGUGGGUUUAUUUUUUUCGUACUCUUCUAAAAUGUCGCUUAAACUAUUUAAACAAUGUAAAAAUUUAGUAAUGUAAGAUUUAGUAGAUUUAUAAAUACAAUAUAGUUGUAUCAAAAAGUCAUAUAUAUAUUGUGAUCAAUUUAUUUUAAAAUAAAAUGCUAGUAUGCUAGGGUGCUAGUAAUAUAAACUUUUAAAAUUUAAUUUUGUCUAAAUAAUUGUAAUAAUUUUAUAGAUAAUACAGUUCAUUUGUAUACAAAUAUUUAAUGUUUAUUGGAGUGUUUUAAUUGAAGUUGAAUAUCUCUUCAAUGAGUUGGUAGAAAUCAAAAAUGUCAAAAUUAAAAUUUACUUAAGCUAAUACUUCAUCCAAAUAUGGAAUUUUUAAUACAGGUUUACAUUUGAAUUUUAAAAGUUUACUCCCCCCCCCUCUCCAAACUAUUCAAAAAAAAGAGAGUAGAAUAAUAUAAUAAAAUGUACUGAUAUAUUUUAGAUGUUUAUUCUAAUAUAUUUUGUUUUUUCAUUUUUUGUUUAUAACAGAGUUUUAUAAAAUAAAUAGUAAUCUUAAUUUAUAAUAUAUUAUAUACUGACUGUCCUGAAUAAAAUUGGUUUUCACACAGAUUAGUAAAAUUUAAAACAACUAUUAUUUAAAAACUAUUCAUCGGAUAUAAAAGUGUGAUACAUUCAAAUUUCCAGAAAAAUAAAUUCUACAGAAUGGCUACAUAACAUUUUCUAAAAAUAAUAAAAUAGUUAUUUUUUUAAUAAAAAAAAAAAAAUAUAUAAUUCAAUAAUAAAUAUUCCUAGUCCUCAUUCUUGAGAGUAAUAUAAAAAAAAAAAAACAAUUUGAUUAUCUCCAGAAAUAUUCAAGGGGUAUAUCUUCAUGGGACAAUUUGUAUAUAUAAUUGAAAUUUAUCCAGCAUGGAUGACCAAUUACAGUGAAAAGUAUCACACAAUAAUGAUAAAUAAUUGAGGGAAUUUAACUUGUGCAAAAAGGUACCUUUCACUUAUAAAAUGGACUAUAAUCUUAAUUUGGUUACUAUAGAUAGCUAUACUGCCAUCCUAAGAAAAAAAAAAAGAGAUUAUACUAGAAAACCAUGUAAAACUAUAAUAUUAAAUGUAAUACAGACAAUAUAAUAUAAUUUCAUUUUUUUAUGGAGUUUUUUGUUAAAAUGGUAGUAUACUAUUUGAACCAUUAACAUUGGCCAGCACACUACAACUAUGUUGGAUGAGUCUAUUUAUUUAAAUUUCUGUAAAUUGUUCCCUUAAAUGCUCAGUAUAAAAUAUUCAAAUUGCAAUAACUCAUCCAUUUUUUAACUUAGAAAAGAGUUUCAACCACUAAAAUUCAUUAAAAAAUACAAAAGAAAAAAUAAGUUCAAAAUAGGUCAUAAAAUUAAAAAAAAAAGUUAUUGUGAAUAUGCACAAACUGAAUUAUUACAAAAAUAGUCUAAUUAUAUGUAAAAAUGUAUAAUUAUGUUUAUUAGUUAGUUGAAAAAGUAGAAUUGAAAUAUAUAGAGCCUAAUUAUUGAGUGUUUCCCUUAACAUGAUCACACAGUAUAUAUGUUGUUCUCAAUCAAAUAUUAAACCUAUUAAUUUUAAUAAAUGUUUUUUUUUUUUUGAUUAUGCUGGAUGUGACUUCUCUAGUACAUCACUUUAGUAUUUAUAAUAAGUUUAAUUUGUUUCAUAAUGUUGAUAUUAAUAAAGUUACAACUCGAUGUUAAACAUUCUUAAUAAUGUAUGGACAUUUUUACACCAAAAUACUAUAAGAUCAAGCCCCAUUUUCUACCUUGGUACAGUAACUUUCAAGUUAGUAUUUAAUUAUUGAAAAAAAUAUUUAAAAUCUAAUUAAUGAAAAUUGAUUACAAAUUAUCUGUUUAAUCUAAUUCUUUAGUGUUUAAUCAUCUUUAGUGAUAACUCAAUGCUAUUUUUGGAUAUCCUUAAAUCUAGGAAGAAAGAAAAUUUCAUUACAAAUAUAAUUCUAAAUAAUAUAACCUCUAUAUGACUAAAUAAUAUAUCUAUUGAUAAUGGCCAAGAUAUUUCUAAUCUUUUUGCUUCAUCUUCAAAUUGGUUUAUGGUCCAUCUAACCAUUAUAUGGUACCCUCCUAACCAACCUGAUACCUCUUGUCCUUUUGAUUUAGUUUACUUAAAUUACAAUAAUUUUUCACCAGUUGAUGAUUUUAAUGGGCUGUUUAAUUAAAAUUAGCUGUGCCUCUCUAUUUAUUGUAUAAUUUGUCUCCAAAUUCAUCAUCUUUUCCUGAUAAAUAGAAAUCUAGUCAUAUUCAGUCAAUCCCUAAAAUUAGCAAUAAAUCAAAUAUUAUAAAUGCUGAAUAAUUUUCCUUCAAUUUUCUAUUCCAAAACUUCUAGAAAAAUAAAUUGCCCAUAAAUAAACUUUGUACAC